CGUAUCAGACUGAGUCUCGAGUCUCAGAAUCCAUGAGAUUGGGAUUGUAUCCAAGUAGUAUGAGCUCUCCUGGAUAAUUUUGUUCUCCUAUCUGACAUAAAAUUUCACUAAGAUGGCAAACAAAGAGAAAGGUGUCGUUUCUUCGACAUCUGUUACAUCUGUAAAAAGAAAAUUCAACAAUUCGGAGGAGGAAUGUGUUACACACACAAAUGAAACACGGAGAGGAAGUCCAUCUAUUAUGAACUUGAAUAUUCCAUCGACAUCUAAAGACUGGAGUGAGGAACUCUUACCACACUUACAUAUAGAAGUAGAAACGGAGGUUUUCACGCCGUAUGUUGUAUUUUCAUCAUAUCCAGAUUUCCUGGAAAGUCAGAAGAACAAAAGAAGUGAAAUUAUAGCCAUGAUGAACGACCCAGCUUCUGAGCGAAAAGUUCCGUUUGAUUGCUUUAAUCAUAUAAUGGAACAAAUCCUAAAUCUUGAUUAUGAACAUAUAGACCAUGUCCCGGUCUGGAGAGUAGAGAAACUGUAUGAAAACUCAAAGAUAUGGAGGGAUUGGGAGAAGGAGUUGAGUGGUUUUAAAACCAUUAAGGGCUUAAAAGAAAUGUGUCUGAGACUACAGCAAAAUGUGACCGAUUUUCUAUGGCAGCUCCUUUACAUGGUAAACAGAAGACAGCAUCCAGAGCGAGAAGAAUUGUCAGAGGGAAUGUUCCAAGAGCUUUUUAUGAGAUAUGCCAGGAUGUUUGAAUUGGGUCUAGUAGGUGCACCAAAUGUUGGAUGUUACAACUGUGUAGUCGGUGGUAAAGAGAUUUCCUCAGUACCUGAUGCUUUGGUCAUUGAUCCUUGCAAAAAGAAUACAGUUCUGGCAGUUGUUAAGGUACAACAUACAAAUCAUAAAAAAAUCAAAAAAUAUUUGACAAUUCUUGUGUCUUACCUAUGA